AUGGCAAACCUGAGGUUCGCCGUUAGCAUGCAACGGUUAAUACCGUUUCUUGGCUUUCACCAUGUUCUCAUGAUUCUCAUCGCCAUUGCGAUAAUAUUGCUCUCAUUGCUACUGGCAGGAUGCUCAUCCACAUCUCCUCUCAUUCCCGGCAUCUUCCUCAUCUCCAUGUGGUACGAACAGUUCACUCCCACCUACGCACCUGAGCAGGUCGACCCUGGUGUCACGGCCGCCAUUGCAAACAUUGUCGGCAACGCCCAGCUCGGUGUUCGUGUCGGCUACUUUGGCAUUUGCAUCAACCGUGAUGGCGGUGGUUUCAUUUGCUCAAACAACGCCACUGCCCUUGUCGACAACGUGUCCGUCGACCAGGACCCCCUCAACCUUGUGUGGGUAGCCGCUACCUUCAAGGAUGCCGUCGUUUUCCCCUACCUGCUCAUCGUCGCCAUCAUUCUCGCCUUCUUUACCUUCAUCCUCCUCGCCACUUUCCCCGGAUGGCAUGAGGAGAGAGACGAGCGAACUGGAUCCGACGUCGACGUCAAGCCAUUCCCCUCCAGGCCCGUCUCCCAGGUCGCGCUCGCUCUCAUCUUCAUCUCGUCCAUCUUCGUCCUCGUCUCCGUCUUAUGGCAACAUACCGCCUCGGUCGCAGCUGCAACAAUCGUGCAAGAUCUCGGCAACGGUAGCGUCAAGUCUGGUGUCGGCACAUCUGCCAUGGUUCUUGGUUGGUUCGGCUUUGUGCUGCUCAUUAUAGUAACCAUUGGGUUGCUUGUCAUGAUUCUCAGCAUCAUUGUCCUCGACCGCCUCACCGACAAUGACUAA